UUGACUCUUGUGGCAAUUCCAGUUCGAUUCCAUACCAUUAGUCAUCCAAACCAAGUUGUUUUUGAUGAGGUACAUUUUGGCGCAUUUGCAGGAAAGUACAUUCAGGGCACAUUCUUUUUUGAUGUUCAUCCACCUCUUGCCAAAAUGUUGAUAGCAUUAGUUGGCUGGCUGGCUGGAUACAAGGGAAACUUUGAUUUUACUACCAUUGGAAAUGUAUAUGAUGAUACAGUGCCUUAUGUAGCUAUGAGAUCAGCAAGUGCUUUACUGGGGUUAUUGAUGGUUCCAAUGGCUUACUUGACAAUCCGUGAUGGAGGACAUUCAAUGUUGGCUGCUGUACUGGCCGCGCUGAUAGUUUGCUUUGAAAACAGUUUGGUGACCAACAAUAGGUUGAUAUUACUGGAUUCAUACUUGCUGUUCUUUACCGCAUUUACAAUCAUGGCAUUCAACAAGUUUUACAAGCAGAUCAAUAACCCUUUUGGUGCUCGUUGGUGGACAUGGCUUGCGUUGACAGGUAUUGGACUUGGACUUACUGUGAGCUGUAAAUGGGUUGGACUGUUCGUGAUUGCGACAGUCGGAUUCUCUACAAUCAAAGAUCUCUGGAGAAUAUUAGGAGAUGUGCGAAUCUCAAAGGGAAAAUGUGUACAUCACUUUCUUGCUCGUACUCUGUGUCUUAUCAUAGUACCUUUUAUGAUAUAUACUGCUACAUUUUACAUUCACUUUAAGCUGCUUCCUUUGUCUGGUGAUGGUGAUUUCCACAUGUCAAACACUUUUAGACAAACUCUUGUUGGAAAUGCAGUAGAUGAGACCCCAAUUGAUAUUUCCUAUGGUUCUCAUAUAACUAUCCGCCACUUGGCUACCAAUGGAGGUUUUCUUCACUCUCACAAUUCAACAUACCCUGAAGGAAGCAAACAGCAGCAAGUAACAUUAUAUCCACAUCGUGAUGUAAACAACUGGUGGAGACUUCGGAAAGCAAACAGUACACUUGAGACUGAAGAAGUGGAAGGAGAUGUGAUUGGGUCUGAUGGAGAAACCCCCCUUGAAUGGAUCUAUGAUGGCGAUAUCGUUCGUCUUGAACAUAUCUCUACAAGUCCUCGCAAACUACACAGCCAUGAUAUAAGUGCUCCUUUGACAGACAAUGACUACACCAAAGAAGUCAGUGCAUAUGGAUUUCCAAAUUAUGAAGGUGAUUCCAACGAUCAUUGGAUAGUAGAGAUUGAAGACGGGCCCACCGAAGAAUCAAGAGAAAGACUUCAAUCUCGUCAGACACAGUUCCGUCUUGUCCACGCAACGCAAAAUUGUGCAUUGUUCUCCCACGAUGUCAAACUACCAGAUUGGGCAUUUGGACAACAAGAGGUUGCGUGCAUGUUGAGUGCAAAGAAACCAAAAACCCUUUGGAUGAUAGAAUCAACCACAAAUGAAUUGUUACCUGAGCCUGUUGAUAUGAUUGGCUAUGAUAUUCCUGGCUUCUGGGGAAAGUUUUUUGAGCUGCAUCGAGUUAUGUGGACCACAAAUGCUGGACUUACUGGCGCACACCCUUAUGAAUCUCGGCCCUCGACAUGGCCUAUGCUCAAGUCUGGGGUGUCUUUUUGGGCAAGGCCAGGAACACAAAUAUUCUACAUCGGAAACCCUGUGAUUUACUGGCUCUCAACUGUGGCGGUAUUUACAUACAUGAUCUUGUGGGGAUUCUUCCGAUUCUUGGCCAAGACCAACCGCCCGGACCGGUUUCCUCAUCGCCGCCCGUUCUUUGAAAACGCAGCCGGGUUUUAUGUGGCCGGUUGGGCAUUCCAUUACAUUACUUUUUACCUCAUGCAUCGACAGUUGUUCCUGCACCAUUAUCUGCCUGCGUUGUACUUUGGUAUCUUGGUAUUCGGUGUUGGUCUUGAUCUUGUGUUUUUGCGCCUUCGACCCUUUCAACGCGUGUUGGUGGGUGUGUUGGUCUGUUCCUUGGUUAUCUAUAGUUUUGUGGAGUUUUCGCCUCUUACUUAUGGUACUGAAUGGACUCGUGAAGCGUGUGAAGCAUCACGGUGGUUACCCUCGUGGAAAUAUAGAUGUGAC